AUGGUGAGUGUCCUCGUUUCCACAAAGGGUUUUAACCCAGCUAAGUUCAAGCAGGCCUCUAAAUUGCUGAAUAAGAGCACAGUUGGGUUCUUGAGCACAUCAGCCAAGAACAAGUACUCCUUACAGAGCAAAGUCCAAAACAUAAAGAACAGUGAAGUACCCAAGACUUUUACUAGAUCUAAAGUUGGUUUCUCAAAGAGAAGUCUGUCGUCCUCGAACGGCAUUGGCACUUCAGGUACCAGGUCCACAGUGAUUCAACUACUAAACAAUAUCAGCACAAAAAGAGAGGUUGAGCAGUACCUUAAAUACUUCACCUCUGUAUCGCAACAACAAUUUGCCGUUAUUAAGGUAGGUGGUGCUAUUAUCAGUGACAACUUACCUGAGCUAGCAUCAUGCCUGGCGUUCUUAUACCAUGUCGGACUCUACCCAAUUGUUCUGCACGGUACAGGUCCACAGGUCAAUGGCAGAUUGGAAGCCCAGGGCAUUGAACCAGACUAUAUAGACGGUAUUAGAAUUACAGAUGAGCACACCAUGGCAGUUGUCAGAGAAUGUUUCCUAGAACAAAACUUGAAGCUAGUGACAGCUCUUGAACAAUUGGGUGUCCGUGCCAGACCUAUCACAUCUGGUGUGUUCCAAGCCGAAUACUUGGACAAGAGCAAAUACCAACUAGUUGGUGAUAUUACAAAGGUCAACAAGGAUGCCAUCGAGGCCUCUAUCAAAGCCGGUGCUCUACCGAUCCUUACUUCACUAGCUGAAACUCCAUCAGGCCAAAUGCUGAACGUCAACGCAGAUGUUGCUGCUGGUGAACUAGCUCGUGUGUUCGAGCCUUUAAAGAUUGUCUACCUGAAUGAAAAGGGUGGUAUAAUUAAUGGUGAAACUGGGGAAAGAAUAUCAAUGAUCAACUUGGAUGAGGAAUACGAAGAUUUAUUGAAACAAAGUUGGGUUAAGUAUGGUACCAAAUUAAAGAUUAAGGAAAUUAAGGAAUUACUAGAUUACUUACCACGUUCUUCCUCGGUUGCAAUUAUCAACGUACAAGACUUGCAAAAAGAACUGUUUACCGACUCUGGUGCUGGUACUAUGAUCAGAAGAGGAUACAAACUGUUGAAGAGAUCAAGUCUAUCUGAAUUUCAAUCGGCUGAUGCUCUAAGAAAUGUGCUUCAGAGAGAUGCAGACAUUGCUUCCAAAGCUCAAUCAGCAGCUACAUAUUUAAGAGAGCUUGAAAAAGCUCAAUUUGUAUCAUACUCUGAUGAACCAUUAGAAGCUUUAGCCAUCGUCAGAACUGAACCUAAGAUUCCAAAGUUAGAGAAGUUCCUAUGCUCAAACUCUGCGUGGUUGAACAAUGUUACGGAUAAUGUGUUUAGCACUCUGAAGCGCGAUUUCCCUGCUUUGCAAUGGAUUGUUUCUGAAGAUGAUGCCAACAUUGCUUGGCACUUUGACAAGUCCCAAGGUUCUUAUUUGAAGGAUGGCAAGGUUCUGUUCUGGUAUGGUGUUAAGGAUUUGAACACUGUCUCCGAGUUGAUUGGGGAAUUUACUAAAGGUGUAACCAACAGUGGGCACUCCAGCGGUGUCUUUGGCUCCCAACAAGCUAAGAGGGCGUACUCUACUGUCAGAAGAACACCACCCAAGCCAGAGGCAACUAACACUUCUCCAGCUCGAGUUGCAUUGAUUGGUGCCAGAGGUUACACCGGUAGAAAUCUUGUUGCAUUGAUCGAUAGCCACCCUUAUUUUGAAAUCUCGCAUGUUUCCAGUCGUGAAUUGAAGGGUCAAAAGCUGCCAGAUUACAAGAAGGCUGAGAUUAUCUAUGACAACUUACAAAUCGAGGAUAUCAAGAAGUUAGAAUCUGAGAAUGCUGUAGACUUCUGGGUGAUGGCUUUACCAAACAAUGUCUCUGAGCCAUUCAUCGAAGCCAUUGACAGCUGCAAUGGUAAGUCCAAGAUCAUUGAUCUAUCUGCUGACCACAGAUUUGUCUCUGAGGAAGAAUGGGCUUAUGGUCUACCUGAGAUCAAUGACAGAGAACACAUCUACAAAGCCAAGAAGAUAUCAAACCCAGGCUGCUAUGCCACUGGUUCCCAAUUGUCUAUUGCACCAUUGUUGAAGUACGUUGAUGGUCUACCAACUGUCUUUGGUGUCUCUGGUUACUCUGGUGCUGGCGCAAAACCUUCACCUAAGAAUGAUCCCGAGAAUCUAAACAAUAACAUUAUUCCAUACGCUUUAACCAACCACAUACACGAAAGAGAGAUCUCCACUCGUUUGGGACAUGAAGUGGCAUUCAUGCCCCAUGUUGGCCAAUGGUUCCAAGGCAUUGCCCUGACUGUAUCCAUUCCAAUCAAGAAAGGCAGUAUCCAAAGCAACGAGGAAGCCAUGAACAUCUACAAAGAUUUCUACAAAGGUGAAAAUCUGGUACACAUAAUGGAAGACAUCCCAUCCGUGAAGGAGAUAGCUGGCACCCACGGCGUGGUCAUUGGUGGGUUCAAGCUGAACGACAACAAGGACAGAAUAGUGGUCUGUGGCACAAUCGACAACUUGCUAAAAGGUGCAGCCACCCAAUGUUUACAAAACAUGAACCUAGCCAUGGGCUACGGGGAAUACGACGGUAUUCCAAAGGACAAGAUAGUCUCUUAG